UUUUAAGCCAAUGAAUGACAGGCUUACAUCUAACUUGACAGGAAAACAUUCCGUAAACAUUGGAGUGAAUCUUUUGCAAAUUCCAAAAUGCCCAAUUUAUUAAGAGCGAAGUGCAUUGUUGUUGGGGACUCUACCAGUGGAAAGAGUUCAAUAUGCCAGGUUUUCCACAGCGACAACUCAUUCUUUCCCAAAAACUACACGAUGACCACUGGUGUUGAACUGCUGGUCAAAACAGUGAAUAUACCUGAUACAAAGGAUGCAGUGGAGCUGUUUUUAUAUGAUUCUGCAGGAAAGGAACUGUUUUCAGACUUUGUCACAAAAUUUUGGGACCACCCAUCCCUGCUAGUUGUGGUUUAUGACUGCACAAGUGAGACAUCCUUUAACAGCUGUGAGAAGUGGCUACAGCGGGUACGACAGAUUAGCCCAGAUGUCAACAUCCCGGGUGUAUUGAUAGCCAACAAGAUAGAUCUGGACCAGCGACGAGUGAUCAGUCCUAAAGUAGGCACAGACCUUGCUCACUCACAGGGGCUUAAAUACUUUGAAUGUUCAGCGAAAGAGAUGCAAGCAGUGGACGCCCCAUUUUACUACCUGGCCAAUGAAUACUACAAGUUGUACCAGGAGAGACUCGACAUAUUCCAGUCCAUGGGCAUGCAGUGAUACUAACAUUCAAUAGCGCCUUUAUACAUGGUGAACAUUCCGUCCACACACCUCCUCUUCAGAAUCUGAACUCCAAACCUUUACAUGUUAUUUAUUAAAGAUAUACAACUGCUUUGAAUAAAGAUAUGAAUAUAUCUUAUCAAAAAUGAAGUUGUUUAAUAUGUAAUACUCGUUAAAAUUAUCUUAAUGCUCCUAAAAUGCUCCUAAAGGAUUGCAGCAAUUCAUUGUAGAUACCAAGCAAUUGAAUUGAAUCAUAAGAGAUGAUGCUUGCAUUUGAUGCAUUAUGUUCAAACUUUUUCUGACUAUGUUGUGGGUUU